GUAGCGUGUAUGUUUUGUGUUGAGCUCUUGAGACUUGAUUUGAGAUUAUUUUUUUCGAUUGAUGGUUUCUGUUUUAAGGGAAGUGAGACGGAAUUCUAAAAAAAUAUAAUAUUCAUACGCAUAUGUGUAAUUUAACACCAUGACUGACGAUGUUAAAAAGUUUUUCUUCAACAUGGUUCAAAGAGUCAACGGCUUGCGAUGUGUCAUGAUAACCGAUCGGGACGGAGUGCCUCUUAUCAAUAUUGAGCGAGAAAAGUCUUCGGAGAUUGUGAUGAAACCUGCAUUUCUAUCAACGUUCACACUGGCCGCCGAACAGUCAAAUAAACUUGGACUAGGAAAGAACCGUAAUAUUAUCUCGGUGUACGCCGACUACCAGGUGGUACAGAUGAACAAACUUCCGCUUGUGGUAACUUUUAUUGGUGCAGAGAACUGCAAUAUAGGUCAUAUUUUGUCAAUGGAUCAACAGAUCGACACCAUGCUAGAAGAACUCAAAACUGCAGUAACUGAUUCGUGAAAAGAUGCAGCGAUUGUUUCUCAGGUAAAUCAUUUUGUGUACGUACAGUUAAUAAAUUUUAUUUCUAAAUCUUA